GUCAUCGUCACUCUGAUAAUCCUUUUGAUUGUUGGAAUUACAUGCAUCCAUCCUGGGCUUCGAAAAUAUUGGAAUGUGACUAAAACUAAAAUACAACAAAGAUUUGGCCGAGCGAACAAUGGAGAGAAUGCAAAUGGCGCAGCCAACCAUCCAGAAGAACAACCUUUUAUUGAAGGUCAGCAUGCCAACCAUGGAGUUCAAGAUAAUGAAAUAAAUCAAGAUUUGCUAAAUGCCUUACAAACUGAAAGGGAUGGCUUAAAACGUGAAGUGGAUGACAGUCGUCAACAGAUAAUCGAUUAUCGUGAACAAAUAAACCGUUUGCAACAAGAAAAAGAUGACGGUAAUAAACAAAUUGAGGAUUUACAACACGAAGCGGAAAAUCGUCAUCGAGAAAUACUAGCAUUAAAGUUAGAAGUGCGAAAUCUAAAUGUAGAAAACGACAGACUGAAACGUCAACUGACCAAAAGUAGGCAAGAAGACGACCAGCAGGUUGACCAGACACAAGAACAUCGUCACAGUUGGCGCUAUGAACCACUGGCUAUGGAGCCCAAACAACCGACCAGCCACGUAAACAGAUCUGAUGUAAAGCACGACCUCUCUCUCACAAUUUCACCAGAAAUAGAAAGGUAUAACGGUUCUACGACUUUAAAGCAUCAGAAAACCCGAUCUGAACCGACUGAAGAGAAUGAUCUGUCUGAUGACAACAUCGGUGUCAUCCUGAUACAGUUAACCCGGGAGUCAAUGGACAUAAGUAAUCUUUACGCUGGUCUACAAUCUAAAUGGGGAACAACUGCAGAUCGAGAUUUAGAACUAGCCAUGGAAAGCUUGCAAGACCGUAUUUACAACUGGGAGAAAAAAGAAACGGAUAUUUUUGAGAAACUUAAACACAAUGGCAGCCAGGGGAAACGCAACAGUGAAUUCGAUAAACUUUGGAAUGGGUUUAAUCAAACUGUUGGGAAGUUUAAGCAGUUGAAAAAAGAAAUCAAGGAAACAAGACCGGACCUAGCUGGACUCAAGUCGUCCAACAACUCCAUACCCAGACUGGGUCAGAAGACCAGCCAAACGACCAAACCAGACCAGCAGACAGCAGAAGACUCCGGUCUGCUGCUACACGAGCUGCGAGCAGACGAUGUUGCUAUUGGGGAAACAAACGAACAAACCUAAAGUGUUGUUUGAAGACACCACUGUGAUCGUUCAUUUUAUCAAGUUCAAGUUUGUUUUUUUACAGCAGACACUCGGGACUGUUAGUUGAUACACGAUUUGUAUAUACUGAUAACGAAAAAUUGUACAUUUAUUACAUAUUGAUUUCUCAUUGAUUACUUCAGUUGUUAUAUGUAAAUACGUAAUUAAAUU